ACCCUGUGCCUGGGGACUGUGGCCUGGAGGCUGAGCAGGAGCUGAGGAGGGGACCAGAGGGACAAGGCCCCUAAGCUGGCCACCAUGGCGAGACUCUGGGUGCAGGGGAGGUGAGGGGCCUGCGUGUGCCUUAUCUUCCCAGACCCACUGGAUCCUUCUUGUCCUCUGAUCAAGGUAGGUGUGUGUGGGGGUGGGGGCUGUGGGGAUUUGUGGGGGUGGGGUGGGGAAGGACCAAGCAAUCCAUGGAAGAUGGGAGUGCAGUGAGGGGAUGGGGGUCGGGUGAUGCCCUCAGACACCCUGUCCUCUGGCCUGCUCUGUGUGUGGGUGUGCACACUGAGGGGAGCUGUUUGUGGCUAAGUGCAGGGUAAACGUGUGUGCCCAAGUGUAUGUGGUUGUGCAGGAGGGGGCAGAAGUUCAGGGCUGCAGCGAUAGGCCAGGCGGGAAAGGGUUGGAGGCCAGGACAGUCUUGGAUGCAAAUAUAUGGCUGGAGAGGGAUGAGGGGCUGGGGGCACCGUUGUGAGGGGUGAUGCCUUCCCCGUCCCUGCUGCAGACCUCAAGGACCUGGCUACAUGAUCACUCCCCUCACCAUGAGCCCUCUGGAACUGACUCCUCCCACCAGCCCUGGCCUUGUCCCCCAGCUGCAGGUCCCAGCCUGCUGUGUUAAAAGCAACCAAACCAACUUUGUUCCAGUGGGUGAGUUUACCUGGAGUCCAGAGUAGCAGGGAGUGGCCCAUCUACUAAGACCACAGCCAGAGUCCUGAGCUUCAUCCUUGACACCCCCUUGUGCCCACUCCCUACCCCGGGCAGUGCCGCUGCUUCUACCCCUGUGCAAUAUAGCCUCCUCCAGCCCCAGCCCUAGCCCUGCCCCUUCCACAGCCCACGGCGCAGAGAGUUUCAACUAUGUCCUCAUGGGAUCCUUGCUUCAAUUCUGUUCCCUUCUGAUCCCUCUGUCACACUGCCCAAGUGGGUGUUCGCACCUACAGAUCUGAAUGGGUCACAUUCCCUGGCCUAAGCUUUGCUGUAGCCUGGCCUGGACCCCAGCUCACCUGCAGCCUUGGCUCUCUCCUCCCUGCUAGAUACAGCCUAGGAGCCCCAUGUUGGAUUUUCAGAAAGAUGCCACACUUUCUCACCUUUGGGCCUUCUGUAGGAAUAGCCCCAGCUCAGGUCUAGCCUCCCUCCUCUCUACCCCUAAUGCUUAGCUUGGCGGAGCCCUGCCUACUUCCUUGCCUGGCAUCCCUGGGCAUGGCAGGCUCUUCAAGGGCGGGGACCGUGGCUUGUUCACCAGAUAAACUCCUUCUAUGAACACUCACUGCAUCUCCAUUUCCCAACCUCACCUUCUCCAGGGCUGGCUCCGUUUCUGACUCCAGCACUAGGCCAGCUCAGGGCUCUUUCUUGGUUCUGGGGCUCUAAGCCAAAUUGGUUCUCUCUCAUCCUUCUACCUGGACACCUGAGCUCCUAUGUUGGCUGCUGUGGGUGGGAACCCACAGCCCUUUGUUUUUUUCUGGAAGAGAAAGGGAGAGAGGUCUCCAGUAAGCACUGCCCUCCUUUGGAGUCCCUGAACAUGUAUGUGACCUCCAUAGAGCUGUCCACAGAGACAGGGGCCACACUCAGGCCCAGGCAAAGGGAGAAGUAAGCCCGGCCUGAGAUCCCCCAUGCUGGAGGCAGACUGCUCACUGGACGUGCCCACCCCACUGUGUGGUGGUUGGCCGGGGUGGGGUGGGUAUGAGGUACAGGUCGGUCUGCAGCAGGUAGGAGCCGUAGGAGGACAGGAGGAAGUUACAUGCAUCCUCCACUAAGGACUGGACAGUCCCCAGAACCAGGCCCCUUCAGACCUGGAAUGCUCAGCUGCUGGUCAGGAAGGGGAGAGCUGAGACCUCCAGGCCUGAGCUCCUCACCCCUGUCUGGCCCCUUCUCUCUGUUGAUUGCCUCAGGGAAAGACAAACGACCUGGAUGGACCACGACUUUGCUCCUGCUCCUCCAGAGAUGCAGUCGCAUGGAGCUCCGGGCCCGGGAACCUCCUUCUCCCAUAGCCAUGUGCUGGGGCGCCCUAGCCGCCCCUCGAGACUCCCUGGAGGAGGGUCCCCCCUCACCCCUGUCCUCAGGAAGACCAUCCAUCUGGAUACCUUCCCCCAAAGCCAUAUCCCACAGACCUCCAGCCGGCUGGGCCUUGGAGCCAGGACCCGGAGUGUGCCCCCACAGGAGAUGGGCAUUGCUCUGGGGGCUUCCUUGAGCCCCCUGCCCACCAGCAGCCUUGUACCCAGGAAGCUCAGCUCCAUCUCCUUGACUCUCCGUCAGAACAGCCAGGCACGGUCCCUGGAUCGCCCACUUUCUCACUGGGAAGAGUUGCCUACCCCAGGAAAGAAGGCUGCUCCCCAUGAAGGAGGGAGGGUGUCCUCGCCAGGCUCGCCACCUGUAACCCUAGUGCCAGGGGGCAGGGUCCACUCUGAGGGCCCAGGGAACCCAGGUCUGACCAAAUCCAGCAGGAUGCUUGCCACGGAGAAGCCCCUGGUGAGUUCCUACCUAACCUUACCUUUCCAAUCCCGGUUAGCUCAGAGUGCACCAGUCCUUGCAGAGCCAGGCUCGUUGGGCCAGGGGCACCUUGUCUCAGUGACUGACCACAUGCCUACCAGAGCUUCUCCAGGAAAAGGCAAGCCCCGGGCCAGGGGGAUCCCCAGACCCCGGGGGCGUCUCCAAAGGGCCAACACAGCUGUGAAUUUGACUGCUAUGGACACAAGGACAGACGCAGCCAGACAUUUAGCCACAAUGGCCACCAACAGACCUAGCUUGGCUAUCAAUUUAGCCACACCAAACACAUCCGGACUGGACACAGGCACAGAGUUCCCUGCUCUGGAUAUCAAGCUGGGCACAGCCAGAGACUUGUCUUCGGUAGGGACAGUCAAGUCAAGCAAAACCAUGAACUUGGCUACAGCAGGCACAAUCAAGCCAGGCACAGCCAUGAACUUGGCUACAGCAGGCACAAUCAAGCCGGGCACAGCCACGAAUCUGACUACAGUUGGGACAACCAAGCCGAGGAUGGUCAUGGAUUUGAUAGCCUCAGAACCAGACAAGCUGGGCAAAGCCAUGGCUACAAGAAGCACAGCCAACCCAGAUAUGACCACAGAGGGCACAGCCAUGGAUUCAGCAACAUCAGACCCAGUCAAGCCGGACACCAUCACAGCUACAGUGGGCACCAGUACGUUGGAAACAGCCAUGGCUUUGGCCAGAGUAAACAGAGCCAAGCUGGGCAAGGCUAUGAAUUCUCUUGCUUUGGACACAAGCAGGAUGGGCACAGCUGUGGGUUCAGUUGUGCCAGUAACCCCAGACCCAGCCACUGGGAAGACCACACUAGGCAGUGUUAAUAACCUAACCAUAUCAGACAUUGCUACAUGCCUGGUAAUGCCAAGCAGAUCCACAGACCCAGCCCUGGACAACACUAAUGCUGCCACGGACAGAGCCACAGAGCCUGCCUCACUGGACCUGGCCACGGAAUACAAAGGGCUCCCAGAGACCAGGACGGACGCAGCCAUGUCAGAGCUGGUGCCUGAGCCCAGGCCUAAGCCAGCGGUGCCCAUGAAGCCCAUGAGCAUCAACUCCAACCUGCUGGGCUACAUCGGCAUCGACACCAUCAUCGAGCAGAUGCGCAAGAAGACCAUGAAGACCGGUUUCGACUUCAACAUCAUGGUCGUUGGCCAGAGUGGACUGGGCAAAUCAACGCUGGUCAACACGCUCUUCAAAUCUCAAGUGAGCCGCAAGGCCUCCAGCUGGAACCGGGAGGAGAAGAUCCCCAAGACAGUGGAGAUCAAAGCUAUUGGGCAUGUGAUAGAGGAAGGCGGUGUCAAAAUGAAGCUGACCGUCAUCGACACCCCAGGCUUUGGAGACCAAAUCAACAAUGAAAACUGCUGGGAGCCCAUUGAGAAGUACAUCAAUGAGCAGUACGAGAAGUUCCUGAAGGAGGAGGUGAACAUCGCCAGGAAGAAACGCAUCCCUGACACUCGUGUCCACUGUUGCCUUUACUUCAUCUCCCCCACGGGACACUCCUUACGACCUCUGGAUCUCGAGUUCAUGAAACACCUCAGCAAGGUUGUGAACAUCAUCCCUGUCAUUGCUAAGGCUGACACCAUGACCCUGGAGGAGAAGUCUGAAUUCAAGCAAAGGGUUCGCAAGGAGCUUGAAGUAAAUGGCAUUGAAUUCUACCCCCAGAAGGAAUUUGAUGAGGAUUUGGAGGAUAAGACGGAGAAUGACAAAAUCAGGCAGGAGAGCAUGCCUUUUGCUGUGGUGGGAAGUGACAAGGAGUAUCAAGUGAAUGGCAAGAGGGUCCUCGGUCGAAAAACUCCAUGGGGGAUCAUCGAAGUGGAAAACCUCAACCACUGUGAGUUUGCCCUGCUUCGAGAUUUUGUCAUCAGGACCCACCUCCAGGACCUCAAGGAAGUGACACACAACAUCCACUAUGAGACUUACAGGGCCAAGCGGCUCAAUGACAAUGGAGGCCUCCCUCCGGGAGAAGGCCUCCUGGGCACUGUCCUUCCACCUGCGCCAGCCACCCCCUGCCCCACUGCUGAAUGAAGGCCAUUUCAAGCGCUGCUUCUCCCUCCAUUCCUCUCAGCUGUUAUUGCUGCAGGGCCAAGCCCUUUUUAGUGCUGUGCUAGUCCAGCUCACCACCACAGCCCCUCUCAGCCCUCACUAGGUGGGAGGUGCCAGCUGCCUCAUUAGGACAGUUGCAUCCUCCAUUUAUCCAAACCACUCCUCUCCUCCCAGUGGAGUGGGGUUCUGCCAGCACUGCCCUACUGCAUCAUCUGUGUCAGCCGGUCCUAGCCCAUCUGCAGGGUGAAAGAACUCAUCAAGAGCUCCUUCUGCCCUUGUAAGCCCAUCCCAGCUACUUGUAACCAUCUCUAAGGGCAAUGGCAUUGCUCCCUACCCAUUCAUCUGCAUGAGCUACUCUUGGCUUCCUUAAAGGAUCAAGAAAGCAAUUUUUCUGCUUACUAGAUUCAUUGAGAUCAGCUGUGUGAGCCCCAAAGUGGGACAAGGGUGUCUCCUUCAUUACUUAAAGGUAUUCAUGAGGGUGGGUCACUACAGAUGCUGGGGAGCAAGGGCUAGGAUCACUUUUUAAAAAAUCACCACUUGUGGCUGGCCCAGAGUGCGGUUGUACAUCCUCCCCACCUCAUAACGCAGCCACUGAGGAAGAGUGGUUUUCCUAAGAAGACAUUGCUGGAAUUGACUUUCUUCUGUCCAAACAAGCAAAAACUAAACACACACACAAACCCCCAGAAACCCACAAUACGUACCCGCUAAGGAAAAACUAGCACCCUUCUGUCCACUCAGCAAUAAGAGGGAUCUCUUCCCACCUACCCUACCUACUCCUACCCCCAACCCCCUUCCCCAUUAAUGUGAGUAAUGAAUUAGCCUGACCACAGGUGGUCACUGUAGGCUAAUGGAAAAUACCCAAGGGAGGGCAAAGCCCCCCAUCAGAUGCAUGAAUGUUUGCGAAUGUUGACUGCCACUGCCCCAUACACUGUGUCUUUAUAGAAUUCCCCUUUGCCCACCCUCUCCCUGUCUCCACCUGGACACAACUUGCUCAAAGGCUGGUGACUUGUGGGCCAUUCAUCUACAACCAAGUCCUGAUGGAGCAAGAGGCCCACGCCUAGGGGAUGCAAGAACAACCCAUUUCUUAAAUGUUACCAGUCCCAGCCAAUCUUAUGGUGACAUUACAGUUAAAUUUCCCAAUUGAAAACAAGCAAACAGACACUCAAACUGGUCCUGUAAUUGUUGCUAGACUUUAUGUGUUGUACAACUAAACAUUGCUGUUUGAACAGUAA